AUGGGUUACGCAUAUUCUUUUAAAAUUUACUCAGGAACUCAUGACUACAAGCGGCUACCAAAUGAGCCAGAUCUUGGAGCAGUUUCCAAUACAGUGGAAGGCAUAAUAUAUUGCUUAGGUACAAUCCAAAGGAACAGACUAGGAAGAACAUGCAAACUACCAAAAAAGGAAGAUGUACAGAAAACAUCUGUUCCAAGGGGUUCGUAUGACGAGAAUGUUGCAUCUCUUGAUGGUGUUGAGUUUGCAGCAACUAGCUGGAAAGAUAACAAACAGGUCUUGUUGUUAUCUACGUAUGUAGGUGCAGAUCCUGUGGGUACUAUUGGCCGCUACGACAAGAAGCAAAAAAGAACAUAA